CCUAAAACCCUCCCCCAACCUAAACCCCAAAAGUCUCGUCCACAGCUAACUUCCGCAACCACGCCUGCCGGAGGCGACUCCGGUAGCCGUAGCACGUACUGCUGCCACCGCCGAUCUAUGCACAAGUGACUGCAGUAGGAGGACACUGGCGAUUGAGAGCUUAUUAAUUUCAUUGACCAAUCAAAUCAAUGCGGAAGAACAUACUCCACAUUCUUGCACAAUCCUUCUUCUUGUAUAGGAUUCGCGUCUUGCCGAUGAAAAAGAACAGUGUCACAUCCAUUCCAGUUGGUGCUCCCUGGAUUAUGCCUCUCUUUGCUUGCAUAACAGAAGUUGUCAGUAAUUAUAAGCAAAUCUCCACCCAGACAUCUCCAGAGGACGAGGAGUUCAGAGAUGAGAACUGCUAUCAAAUUCUCAAUGCUAUGCAAAACGCUCCAACCUCUGCCAGAGAAAUAUGCAGUUCCCAUAUUACCAAGCUAUGCAAGGCUGGUAAUCUUUCUGCUGCUGCUAGAUUGCUCCAGUUCUUAAGGGAGAGAAAUAUUUUUACUGCCCCAAACUUGUACAAUACCCUCAUGGAAGUAGCAGGUGAAAGGAACGACGUUGAGAUUUUGUGCCAGGUCUUCAAAGAUCUAGUUCUGUCUUGUAAAUCCCUUCCUUCAACUUCUUACCGUACUCUAGCACGGGCCUUCUCUAGUAUAAAUGAUCCUCUCUGUUUAUUUCAACUCGCAAAAGAUGUUUCGGAGCUGACAUAUCCAAGCAAUACUCUAGUGAUGAAUAGACUCAUCUGCGCCUUUGCUGAGUGUGGCCAGUCGGAGAAAGCCCUUAUGAUAUUUGAUGAGAUAAAGAGUCUGAAGUAUGAGCCUGAUUUGGUCACCUAUAAUACUAUUAUGGAUAUGCUAGGUCGUUCCGGCCAGACUGAUAAAAUGGUGAACAAGUUUGCAUCUUUAAAGGAGGCAGGAAUUAUCCCGGAUUUUGUAUCUUUCAAUACGUUAUUGAAUCACUUGAGGAAGAAGGGAAGAUUAGAUUUGUGCUUGGUAUACUUAAAGGACAUGUCAGCACUUGGAAUUCAACCAGACUUACUCACAUAUACUGCUUUGAUUAGUAGUUUUGGACAAUCGGGAAACAUUGAGGAAGCAUUGAGACUCUUCAAUGAGAUGAAGAUGAGACAGAUCCGCCCUUCUGUUUAUGUGUAUAGAUCACUAGUUAACUGCUUGAAGAAAAUGGGGAAGCUAGAGUUGGCGAUGACCAUACUAGAGGAGAUGAAUGCAUCUACAGGGAAUCUUGCUGGUCCAAAGGAAUUUAAGUGGAAAGGAAGAUAG